AUGCCAAACCACGACGAUAAUCACCUCCCUCAAGACCAAAUUUUCCGGGGAGCUGCCCUAGGAUAUGAUACCAAACGAAUGGAUUCCUGUGGUAAUAAUGCCGUUGACAUCUGCGGGAAAGACGAAUCGCAAACACCUCGUCGAAAGCGUGGAGAUGAUGUCGGAGACUAUCCGUGGUCAAAUCAGCCAGUUCAACGAAGAGUCCCACCCCGGACUCCAAGACCAGACUUCUAUCCUUACGCCAAUGGGGGAGACCCUCCGGGCGAUGUGGUCCGAGCUUCUGAAUGUGCCUGUGACUCACAUGCAUGGGUGAACAUCCUUCCUCCGCAUUGGCGGGGACAGCGUGUCGGCCAUACAGUUGGUGGCUCAAUGCCGUACGCAAAGGCUGUCCAUAAGUGUUCGAGGUGUUCUUCGAUUCAAGACACUCUCCAAAGUUGCACCACGAACGACGCAUUCCGUCUCACAAAUCACCCAGCUGGAAAAGACGGUGGCCACUGA